UUACAGUUCUGAAAUUAUUGCAUAAUCAGUUUUUCGUACAUUCACACACACGCAUGCACCCACACAUACACACAACAACCACCAUACAUACAUCAUACUUACUAAACUAGAAACUACACACUUGUAUCGGUUAUGAAUGCAACCCAUUUGUUUGAUUAGAUUUUCAACUGAAAUAUGAGUCAAGUGUUUGAAUAAGCCUUCCUACUUAACUUUUCUCUCUUUGGCCAAUACUGAGAUGCUAUAACAUUAAGUUGAAGUUAAGCAAAGCUAGAUAUGACACAAGCUAUUCCACAGGGCUUUGAAACCUCUCUCUGGAAGUCUACCUCAAAUUGUAAUUACAUUUGUCUAAGGACUCAACUGCAACAGAACAAAACAAAUGUCAUCUUCAGAGUACGAGUUUGGAUUACAAGUUACUUACCUACGACUACAUCCCUGAAAUUAUAGCAUCAUCAGUUUUUUUAUACAUACAUACAAAUAUAGGAUUGCUAUCCACUUGUGACCAAGAAAAACCAUUGCUGACCUUUAGGAACAUUGUGCGCUCUAGGACUAACUUAUAUUUUGCAUUUGCAGCUCCGUUGGUGGCUAAUGAGCCCUGCUCUUGACAAGCAUACACAACUGUAAUCACUGCAAACCAAGCUUUCCCCAUUCACUACACUAGCAGUGCACUUUCAAGCAGCACACUUCAAUUCUUCAUGAAGAAUACAUGCUCUCUCAAAGGUGUCAAAUCCCUCCUUAACCUGCUUCCUCCAUCUGUGGCAAUGACAGGCAUUGUUCUCCCAGUCGGUCUCCUGCAUAUCACAAUCCUUUAAUGAGGAACUGACACAGUCUUUAAAUCGCAGCCUUGAUUUCUGCCAGGGUCUCUUUCCACCAUCAAGUUCCCCAUAUACAUAUAUAUAUACAUAUAUACAUAUACAAACGUAGACACACACACACACAUAUACAUAUUAACGUAUAGGCAUUACACUCACUAAACUAGAAACUACACACUGCUUUCAACAUGAAUGCAACCCAUUUGUCUGAUCCCGUUUUGUUUUCAAGAUUGGUUGUUUUCAGCAUCAUACCUGUCUUCCUAAGUGUGGGACUCAUAGGUAACAUAUUUGUGAUAUAUAUUUAUGCACGACAGUCCCAGAAAAGCAAUGUAGACACAUUCAUCCUUGUGCUAGCAGUGAAUGAUCUGAUUGGAUGUAUCUUUGGAAUGCCUCUGGAAAUGGCUGAACUUUACCCUGCAAUACAAUCAGAUGGAUUGUGUAAGUUAUACAAGUUCAUUGUCUUCAUCAAUUCUCUCAUGUCAUCCAUGAUUCUGUUGGUUAUUGCUGUUGAAAGAUACAGGAAAAUAUGUUGUCCCCAUGGCAAACAAAUGACUCUGAAACUACGACGAAUUCUUAUUUUUCUCACAACUGUGAUAUCAGUUGCAUUGGUCCUGCCAGUUCUGUUUCACUUUGACGGUGUUCCCUUCAUCCAUGAAAACAAGAUAUACGUGAUAUGUGGCUGUGACCUUAGAAGGUCAUCUCUCUGGUUUUAUGCUCUGGCAGCAUUAAUUAUUAACAUUAUGCUUUUCUUAAGCAUGACUGUACUUUAUAUUUUGGUUCAGAAGACUAUUGCUCAGCGUAGCAGGAAAAGGCAACGUGGAAAAGCAGCUUCACAAGCAAGAACAAAUCAAUCGCACACAAACAUUGUACUUAUCUUAAUCUCCAUUUUGCUUUUUAUCAGUUUUUCACCAACCCUUAUUUUCUUUGUCAUGUAUCCAUACUUCAAAGAUUCUAACUCGUUGCAGAUAUGCAAGGUAGUUCUAUAUCGUACAUGGAUACUAAAUUCAUCUUUAAAUCCCAUGGUGUAUGGAUUUUGUAACAAAAUAUUCCGCAAAAGUUUUGCAGAUACAUUUACUAGGAGUAAAAGUACCUUUGAAACGGAAGAGAAAUUUUAAAUUUGGUUUACAGCAAACAUUUUAAUAUAGAGGAAUACUUUCAAGUAGCAGACACAUUUUCUUUGCUUACCAUUUCAUAGGAAAUGCACUCUAUUUUUUCUUUUUUAAUUGAAAAUAACUCAACGAUUGAGGUGUUUAAUGAAAUAACUACCUUUUCUGUUUUUAUUUUGAUAUUUAGAGAAUUACAUUUUCUUCCAUAAAAUUGAAAUGUUUUAAUUUAAAUCUGACCAUUUAAAGACCUGCUGUUUGUAUCCUUCACCCAGAGUCAGUCUAAGGUAGGUCAAUUUGUACACCUGAACAGUUUCUUUAUAACAUAUUUACUAUUGUUUUUGUUAUUUUAUAACUUCUAUGGGAACAUAACUGUUUAUCUAAGUUCUACUAACUCUUUGAAUCCCACAAUUUCUGAAUUACAUUUUAAAUCUACAUUUGAAAAAUACAAGAAAGUAAAAAAAAAUUGUUGUUGUUUUCAUCAUCAUCACCAUGUUUACCAUACCAUCAUCAUUAUGAGAAAAUUUAAGUUGUUAAUAUUUUUGAAAUUGUUUCAGAAUUGCUAACACUUAGUAGAUUGGUUUUGAAUUCUUUCCCUGCCAAAUGUAGUGUGCAGGAGAAGCGAAAGCAUUUUUGGCGACAUAUGCUACACACGGGCAGGAUGUCCAUGCCAGGGCCACCGUGAAAGACGCAUGUUCCUAUGUUUGAUCUCUCCAUGUUACAGAUUAGAUCUUGUUUGUAAAUGUUUUGAGUCGAGUAAUUUUAUGUUUUGGAGAUUGCAUCUAAAAGAUGGAUUAACCCUUUCAUUACCAAACCGGCUGAAACCAGUUCUGGCUCUGUAGUACAAAUGUCUUGUUUUCAUAAGUUUUCAAUUAAAAUCUUCCACCAAACCUUAGUCACAACUUAUGUUCCCAAUACUAGCUGAAUGAUAACUAAGUUAUUUUACUAAAUUCUUUGUUAUAUUUAAAAUUAAUUGAGAGAAACGAAGAGCAUCUGAAAAUAAAUACAAUAAACGAAAGGGUUAAAUUGUUGAUGUUUUGUCUUGCUAUGUUUUUUGUUGUU